CGUAAGUCAGAAUUAUUAUAACCUCUCGAUCGGUAGCAGCAUCGUAAACAACAACGACAAAAAUGACGGCCCCCGAGUACAUCUACAUCAAGAAGCGCUCCGAGUUCGGCAAGCGGGCCUACUUCUCGGACCGCAACGAGAUCGAGGUGGACGUGAGGCCGCAGCGCGAGCUCGCCCACGACUUCAUACGCAUCGAUCCGGCCUGCAAGUACACGCAGACGGAGAAGAUCAUCGCCCUCCAUGAGGUCAACACGACGACGGCGACUUUUCAAAAUCGGGGCAUGCUGCACACGGAGGGCGGCUGGCCCAAGGACAUCAACAAGGACGACAUCGAGCAGACGGUGCGCUAUCGUCGCAAGCUCGAGAAGGACGAGUUCUUUGUGCAUACGAUGCUACAGCUGAUGACGCCGAUGGAGCACUGCGUCUUACAAAACAACGCCUGCAACAUCUACGAGCAGUACUUCCAGGACAUCGAGCCGCGGCCCCUGGUCCAGCAGACGGUCUCGCGCACCGUCAACGUUUAUCGCGACCCGCUGCCCACCAAGCGGCCCGUGACGCACAUCAGCUGGUCGCCGGACGGCCAGCGCAUGGCCGCCAGCCACUGCAGCACCGACUUCAAGCGCGCCGGCAGCAGCAGCAACUACAGCACCAUCUCGUACAUCUGGGAGGUGGAGAACCCGAACAAGCCCUGGGCCAAGCUGAAGCCGUUCUGUCCGCUGCUGGCGCUCGAGUACAAUCCCAAGGACAGCAAUAUUCUGGCCAGUGGACUGACGACGGGACAGGUGGCGUUCUGGGACGUGCGCCGUGGCAGCGAGCUGAUCGAGGCGAGCUCCGUGGAGCACAGCCAUAGGGAUCCGUGCGACAAGCUGCUGUGGAUCGCCUCGAAGACGGGCACGGAAUUCUUCAGCGCUUCGAAGGACGGACAGAUCAAGUGGUGGGACACGCGCAAGCUGCACGCGCCCAUCGAGACCAUCGCCAUGGAUCUGACGCAGCCGGACGAGCAGUCGCUCGACCGGGCGAUCGGCGUGUCCUCGCUGCAGUUCGAGCCGUCGAUGGGCACGAGAUUCAUGUGCGGCUUGGAGAACGGCUGGGUGAUAUCGGGCAACAGGAAGGGCAAGACGCCCCAGGAGAAGCUCAUGGUCAGGUUCAAGGCGCAGUACGGCCCGGUGAUCAGCGUGGAGAGGAAUCCGACCUUCCCGAAGAACUUCUUGACGGUGGGCGAUUGGACGGCGAGGAUCUGGUCCGAGGACUGUCGAGAGUCCUGCAUACUGUGGACGCCGUCUCACGACGUCCUCUUGACGAACGGCAUGUGGAGCCCGACCCGCUUCUCCACCUUCUUCCUUACCAAGGCGAACGGCACCCUCGACGUCUGGGACAUCAUCGUGCAAAAGGACACGCCCGUUCUCAGCAUCAAGGUGUGCGACGAGCCGCUGACCUGUCUGAGGCCGCACGAGCAGGGCGCCCUGGUGGCCACCGGCGGCAAGAACGGCUCGGUCUAUCUGCUGGAGUUCUCGGAAAAUCUCACCGUCAACCAGAAGAACGACAAGCUGCUCUUCACGGCGCUGCUGGAACGCGAGACGAAGCGCGAAAAGGUGAUCGAGGCGAAAAAUCGCGAGUUACGGCUGAAGAUGAAGGCCGUGAUGGCCGAUCCCGGGGACCAGGAGCAGGCCAAGAGGCACUCGCUCGCCGACAUGAAGGAUCCGGCCGUGAUACAGGCCGAGAAGGACUAUUACGCCGCGAUCGAGGCCGAGCGAGCGAGACUCGCCUCGUUCGACAAAGCCCAGGCCGACAACAAGGAAGACGACAACAAUCCAGAGAGGGACGGUUGAUCGGGAUGAGGCUAUUUUGCUAGACUUUAAGAUUUUCGUAUUCAAUACUGUAUUUUUUAUUCGAACAAAUCGUACGAUAUA